AUGGCCACCGAGUUGACUGUCCAGAGCGAGCGCGCGUUCCAGAAGCAGCCGCACAUUUUCCAGAACUCCAAGACCAAGCAGAAGAGUGCCAGAGCUGGAAAGGGCGGCCGGAGAUGGUACAAGGACGUUGGUCUGGGCUUCAGGACGCCCAAGAACGCCAUUGAGGGCUCCUACAUCGGUACGUGAUGCCGCCAUCGUGAAGAAGAUCUCCGGGGCAAAACAAGUGUUGGAAGGAAUUGCGCAUACCGGGGCAGCAUUAUGGAAUUGCAGCAGAAGAGGACAAGAAUGCUGAUGGAACAUGACAACAGACAAGAAGUGCCCAUUCACCGGUCUCGUCUCUAUCCGUGGCCGUAUCCUCACCGGCACCGUCGUCUCCACCAAGAUGCACCGUACCCUCAUCAUCCGCCGCGAGUACCUCCACUUCGUCCCAAAGUACUCCCGUUACGAGAAGCGCCACAAGAACCUCGCCGCACACGUCUCUCCAGCUUUCCGUGUUGAGGACGGUGACCAGGUCACUGUAGGCCAGUGCCGGCCGCUCAGCAAGACUGUACGAAUUCCAAAGAGCAUAUGACCCGUGGAGACAUUAAACUGACGAGCAUCUCUAGGUCCGCUUCAACGUCCUCCGUGUCCUCCCAAGAACCGGUAAGGCCGUCAAGACGUUCCAGAAGUUCUAA